CUUUCUUUUUAAAAGUAUUAAAAUAUUUUUUUUAGGAUAACUCUUUUCUUUCAAAUGUGUAUAUACUGUAUAUGUGUAUGUGAGUGAAACUGACAGAGAUUCAGUUUUCAGACUAGGAACACUGAGGUGGAUUGUAAAUUCAGCACCACCUUUGCUACACUGACAUUUGUUUAAAAACAUACGUUGUUUUUAUUUUUUAACAAUCCAUUUAAAAGUUAGUUUUUUAAAAAAAAUUAAUAAUAAUAAUUAAAAAAGAAACCCCAAUACAAACUGAAACAACCAUGUCUGGAGAGGUGCGUUUGAGGCAGUUGGAACAGUUUAUUUUGGAUGGGCCAACUCGGACUAAUGGGCAGUGCUUCAGUGUGGAAACCUUGCUGGAUAUACUCAUCUGCCUUUAUGAUGAAUGUAAUAAUUCCCCCCUGAGGAGAGAGAAGAAUAUUCUUGAGUAUCUAGAAUGGGCCAAACCUUUUACCUCUAAGGUGAAACAGAUGCGACUACAUAAAGAAGAUUUUGAAAUCUUGAAGGUGAUUGGUCGAGGAGCCUUUGGGGAGGUUGCAGUAGUAAAACUGAAAAAUGCAGAUAAGGUAUUUGCCAUGAAAAUACUGAAUAAAUGGGAGAUGCUGAAGAGAGCUGAGACAGCCUGUUUUCGAGAAGAGAGGGAUGUACUAGUGAAUGGAGAUAACCAGUGGAUCACAACAUUGCACUAUGCCUUCCAGGAUGACAACUAUUUAUACCUGGUUAUGGAUUACUAUGUUGGAGGAGAUCUGCUCACCCUGCUUAGCAAGUUUGAGGACAGGUUACCUGAAGAUAUGGCUCGUUUUUAUUUGGCUGAAAUGGUGAUAGCGAUUGAUUCUGUACAUCAGUUACAUUACGUCCACAGGGACAUUAAACCAGACAACAUCUUGAUGGAUAUGAAUGGACAUAUUCGGUUAGCAGAUUUUGGUUCUUGUCUGAAACUGAUGGAAGAUGGAACGGUCCAGUCUUCGGUGGCAGUUGGAACUCCAGACUACAUCUCUCCAGAAAUCCUGCAGGCCAUGGAAGAUGGAAAAGGGAAAUAUGGACCUGAGUGUGACUGGUGGUCCCUAGGUGUUUGCAUGUAUGAAAUGCUUUAUGGAGAAACGCCCUUUUAUGCAGAGUCCUUGGUGGAGACCUACGGGAAAAUAAUGAACCACAAAGAGAGGUUUCAGUUUCCUGCACAAGUGACAGAUGUGUCUGAAAAUGCCAAGGACCUCAUUCGAAGGCUCAUUUGCAGCAGGGAGCAUCGACUUGGGCAAAAUGGGAUAGAAGACUUUAAGAACCACCCAUUUUUUGUUGGGAUUGAAUGGGAUAACAUUCGGAACUGUGAAGCACCUUACAUCCCUGAAGUCAGCAGUCCAACUGAUACAUCAAACUUUGAUGUGGACGAUGAUUGUUUAAAAAACUCUGAGACAAUGCCUCCACCAACUCACACUGCAUUUUCUGGUCAUCAUCUGCCAUUUGUGGGUUUUACAUAUACAAGUAGCUGUGUGCUUUCAGACCGCAGUUGUCUAAGAGUUACAGCUGGACCACUGUCUAUGGACCUUGAUGCCAGUGUUCAAAGGACUUUGGAGGAUAGCUUAGCAACAGAAGCUUAUGAGAGGAGAAUAAGGCGCCUGGAGCAGGAAAAACUUGAACUCAGUAGAAAACUGCAAGAAUCCACCCAGACAGUCCAGGCUUUACAGUAUUCAACUGUGGAUGGUCCAAUAACAGCAAGCAAAGAUCUAGAAAUUAAAAGCUUAAAAGAAGAAAUUGAAAAGUUAAGAAAACAGGUAACCGAUUCCGGUCAGCUGGAACAGCAACUGGAGGAGGCCAGUUCUGCACGACGAGAAUUAGAUGAUGCUUCUAGACAAAUCAAGGCUUUUGAGAAACAAAUUAGAGCACUGAAGCAAGAGAGAGAGGAUCUUAAUAAGGAACUGAUGGAGUCUAGUGAGAGAUUAAAAUCCCAAACCAAAGAGUUAAAAGAUGCACACAGCCAGCGGAAACUGGCCAUGCAGGAGUUCUCAGAGAUGAAUGAGCGGCUGACAGACUUGCACUCUCAAAAACAGAAACUUACCCGCCAGGUCCGAGAUAAAGAGGAAGAGAUGGACGUGGUGAUGCAAAAGGUGGAAAUCUUAAGGCAAGAGUUACGGAGAACAGAAAGACUCAAAAAAGAACUGGAAGUCCAUGCUGAAGCUGCAGCUGCUGAGGCAUCCAAGGACAGGAAAUUGCGUGAGCGAAGUGAGCAGUACUCUAAACAGCUGGAGAGUGAACUGGAAGGACUAAAGCAAAAGCAAGUUGGUCGCUCACCAGGGGUGAGCAGCACAGAACAUCAGCAAGAGAUCACCAAAUUAAAGGCUGAGUUGGAAAAGAAGAGUGUUUUCUAUGAAGAGGAACUAUCCAAACGAGAAAUAAUACAUGCUAAUGAAAUCAAAUCCCUGAAGAAAGAACUGCGGGAUGCAGAGAGCCAACAGCUUGCCCUCAAGAAAGAGAUCAUGAUCUUGAAAGACAAGUUAGAAAAGACCAGGAGAGAGAGCCAAAGUGAAAGAGAGGAGUUUGAAACAGAGUUCAAACAGAAGUAUGAACGGGAGAAGACUCUGCUAACAGAGGACAACAAAAAGCUCUCAAAUGAGCUUGAUAAGCUCACCACCAUGUUUGAGAGGCUAAGUAUGAACAACCGACAGCUAGAAGAAGAAAUGAGAGACCUGGCAGAUAAAAAGGAAUCUGUGGCACACUGGGAGGCCCAAAUUACUGAGAUCAUCCAGUGGGUGAGUGAUGAAAAGGAUGCUCGAGGGUAUCUACAAGCCUUGGCCUCUAAAAUGACAGAAGAACUAGAGGCUCUGCGGAACUCCAGUUUGGGUGCAAGAGCAACAGACAUGCCCUGGAAGAUGCGCCGCUUUGCUAAACUGGAUAUGUCAGCAAGGCUGGAACUGCAGUCAGCCCUUGAUGCAGAAAUCCGAGCCAAACAGGCCAUUCAAGAUGAGUUAAAUAAAGUUAAAGCUUCCAGCAUCUCUACAGAAUGUAAACUUCAAGAGUCAGAAAAGAAGAACUUGGAACUGUUGUCAGAAAUUGAAAAACUGAAAAAGGAGACAGAAGACCUCAGAUCAGAAAAGGGUGUAAAGCACCAAGACUCACAGAAUUCUUUCUUGGCAUUUUUGAAUGCUCCUACCUCUGCACUGGAUCAAUUUGAACGCUCUCCUUCCUGUAUUCCAGCUAACAAAGGCAGACGUAUUGAUUCAGUUGAGAACUUUACAUUGUCUAAUACUCCUUCACGGGAUGAAGAUAUCAAGUCUCAUCUCCAUUCAAGAUCUAGGUCUCCUUCCACAGCUAGUGACAUUGAACCAAUUGAGGUUACAGAUCAUCCUCCACGCUCGGUUCAUACACCAGCCAUGAGGACAGCAUAUAUUGGAUCAGGACUCUCUGCACCAAAGCCUAAGGCCCACCAGUUUGUAGUGAAAUCUUUUAAUAUCCCUACAAAAUGCAAUCAGUGCACAUCUCUGAUGGUUGGUUUAAUAAGACAGGGCUGCACUUGUGAAGUAUGUGGAUUCUCAUGCCAUGUGACCUGUGCAGACAAGGCCCCAGCAGUGUGCCCAAUCCCUCCUGAACAGACCAAAGGCCCUCUGGGGAUAGAUCCACAGAAAGGCAUAGGAACUGCAUACGAAGGUCAUGUCCGAGUUCCUAAACCAGCUGGAGUAAAGAAAGGUUGGCAGAGAGCGCUGGCUGUGGUGUGUGAUUUCAAACUCUUCCUGUAUGAUAUAGCAGAAGGAAAAGCAUCCCAGCCCGGCGUGGUAGUGAGUCAGGUUAUUGACAUGAGGGAUGAAGAAUUCUCAGUGAGUUCUGUCUUGGCCUCUGAUGUCAUCCAUGCAAAUCGAAAAGAUAUUCCCUGUAUCUUUAGAGUUACAGCUUCCCAGCUCUCCGCAUCCAGUAAUAAGUGUUCGAUCCUGAUUCUAGCAGACAGUGAGAAUGAAAAGAGCAAGUGGGUAGGAGUGCUGAAUGAAUUGCAUAGGAUUUUGAAGAAGAAUAAGCUCAAAGACCGAUCAGUCUAUGUUCCCAAAGAGGCUUAUGACAGCACCCUCCCUCUCAUCAAAACAACCCAGUCAGCAGCAAUCAUAGAUCAUGAAAGAAUAGCUCUGGGCAAUGAAGAAGGGUUGUUUGUUGUGCAUGUCACCAAAGAUGAGAUUAUUCGUGUUGGUGACAAUAAGAAAGUUCAUCAGAUUGAGCUCAUCCCUAAUGAACAGCUCAUUGCAGUGAUCUCAGGACGAAACCGUCAUGUACGGCUUUUCCCUAUGGCAGCCCUGGAUGGAAGAGAGACGGAGUUUUAUAAGCUGGCGGAGACAAAAGGCUGCCAGACCAUAGUUUCUGGACAGGUACGCCAUGGAGCCCUUACUUGCCUAUGUGUGGCUAUGAAAAGACAGGUCCUGUGUUAUGAACUGAAUCAGAGCAAGACGCGUCACAAAAAGAUGAAGGAGAUCCAAGUCCUGGGAAAUGUCCAGUGGAUGUCGGUCUUCAGUGAGCGGCUCUGUGUGGGUUACCAGUCAGGAUUCCUAAAAUAUCCCAUGCAUGGAGAAGGGAACCCAUACAGUUUGCUCCACCCAGAUGACCACACCCUAUCAUUUAUUGCACAGCAGCCAACUGAUGCCAUCUGCGCAGUCGAAAUCUCAAAUAAAGAAUAUCUGCUGUGUUUUAGCAGCGUUGGGGUUUAUGUUGACUGUCAGGGCCGAAGAUCUAGACAACAGGAAUUGAUGUGGCCUGCAACACCAUCCUCUUGCUGUUACAAUGCACCAUACCUCUCAGUAUACAGUGAAAAUGCGGUCGAUAUCUUUGAUGUGAACUCCAUGGAAUGGAUUCAGACUAUUCCACUCAAAAAGGUACGACCAUUGAAUACAGAAGGAUCACUAAACCUUUUAGGACUGGAGACAAUUAGAUUAAUAUAUUUCAAAAAUAAGAUGGCAGAGGGAGAUGAACUGGUAGUUCCUGAGACAUCAGAUAACAGCCGGAAGCAAAUGGUUCGAAACAUCAACAAUAAACGUCGUUAUUCAUUCAGAGUACCAGAGGAGGAGAGAAUGCAGCAGAGGAGGGAGAUGCUACGAGAUCCAGAAAUGAGAAAUAAAUUAAUUUCUAAUCCAACUAAUUUUAACCACAUAGCACACAUGGGUCCAGGAGAUGGAAUACAGAUCCUCAAAGACCUGCCUAUGCAGCCUGUCACCAAUUAAAAUCACGUGAACUUUUGUCCUGGCAAUUCAGUACAUUUUCUGGCCUCCCUUCUGCCCUCUUGAUUCUUGAAGCCACUUUAUCAUGGAUGCUCCCUUAUAGUGAAGAUCCGAAUUCUGGAAUUAUACUUACUGCAGCACAUACCAACUACCUGUGUCCAUCGGAUAUGCAGGACUGAUUUUACAUUCAUACUCUGCAUGCCUGAUAUUUUCCGUACAGGACUAUUCUUGACAGCCAUUAUAUUUGAAUUUGUAUUCAUUAUACUUAAAUCUGACUUCAUGAUGCAUAAUUCAUUAUAUUUCAGUAACCAACCAGAUUUACUGAAACACGUAGAAUUUUACAUGCAGAGGCAUUUGGAGUAAUUAUUAUUAUGUACUUUUAGUAUUACGUAAAGCCAGUGGGAACCCUGCAUUUGAAGACAUACUAUGAUCCUUGGAGGGAGGAUUGGUUUUCAGAAGUGCUGCUAUAUCCUGGCAUUUGCACAUUAAUGCAUGCUGGCUUAACAUUUUUAUGGUCUGCUGUGGGCCUGCCGUCUGCUUCCAAGCUUCUGGUAUUAGGACUUUUUUCCCUUCCUUAUUGGCUUUUAAAACAUACCUUCAUUCUGCAGCAAGCACACUAUUCUAUACAGAUUGCUCAGCAACCUCUGCUUUCCACUUGGGACCAUUAUCAGAAAAGUGGCUUCCCUUACACUGAUGAUAGUACUAAUAUCCUAGAUUCUGCUAACCGUAUUAAUAGCAAUUAGUAUACAUUAUACACCAAAUGCUGUAAAUCAGUAAUUGAUGCUUUAUUGACGUGCAAUGCUUCACAACACAAAAAUGUAAAAAAGCAAAUUGUUGGGAUCUUACCAGCUCAGAUUAAGGGAACAGUAGAGAACAGUAAUAACUAUUGUUUGAUACUGGAGAUAAUAUAUAUUGGGCUAUCACUUAAUGUUUUCCUAAACUUCCAUAAAUUCCUUGGGUAAAAUGUAGUGCCUUAGGUUUAGCAGACAAGUCACCUGAUUGAUUUGCAGCUAUCUUGCAUCGUAUUUUAUUUUUUAAAUCCUAACAUUGCUCAGGUUCUUUUUUUCAAAAGUUGGUGAGAUCAGUUCGACAAGGGAAAGAGAAAGGGCUGAAGAUUAGGAAAAACUGGUCUAGUUUGCCAGUGGCUAUUGGCCAUUCCAGCCCAAAGCAGAUUGACCUGCUGAAUAUGCACAUAUGGAAUGAUUCUGUAGAUGGAGGGAAAAUGAGAGUUAAAAAUACAUCUCCAGGAUAUAGAGUCUUCGCAUCGCAAAAGCUCCUGUAUCAGCACAUUCUUUGGAGACUAAAUAGAAAUUGGUUUUGUCUAAUUUGCAGAUUUAAUUCACUUUUUUCCUUUGUCUAUAUUUUACAUUUUGGGAACAAAGCACCCAACAAUGCUGAGUUGACCUAUAAAAAUACUUGCAUUUCUGAGUAUCUUUCUGCCUCAUGCACUGAGGGUGUAAUUCACUGCUGCAUAGAGAGACAGUACAAGACCUAAAGUCCUCUAGGUCUUAUUUGGGGCUUUACUGAUGCAUAGACUUUGCCUUGUCCUUCUACACUGGGUAAAUUUCACCCCACUAGCCUGAAACUAACCAGUUCCCCUUCCCAUGCUCACCUCCAUUCCUGCCCUGCUGACACACUUUGUUCCCUGAAACUAUAAAUAUAAUAUAUCCUUAUGUUGACUGGUUUUUUUAAAUGAAAUCCUCAAAAUGUCUGCAUAACAAGAAGCAGGUCUUAAGCUUUUUCAUUGUCGUACCCCCAAAUGUUCCCUCCCUUACCAUUUCAUCUUGGUUCACUUUCCCUUGUUUGUGUUAUGUCUAACUUAGAUUGUAAGCUCCUCAAGGCAGGGAUCUGAUGCUUUUCCUUUGUCUGUAAAGCACCAGGCACA